UUCACAUAUCUGGUGGCCACCUUCACCAGCAUCCCGAUUAUCUUUUUCAUAUCUUGGAUCGUCCACCUACUUACAUAAAAUCCAAAGCUUCUUCUUUUGUAUCACUUAUUACCGGAAUCUUUUUUCUGAUUGCAUUAAUUUCCGGUCUUAUUAUCGGAUUCGUAUCUGUCGGAACACGCUUGAAGGUUCUUCAAUUGCCGGAUGAACCGUUUGAUGAAAAUCA